UUAAUUGUUUAAUUAUACAGCCGAUUAACAUAUUUAAUGUAAACUCUCAUAAUAGCUAAAGCGGAGCGGCGUAUAUUUACGGCUGCUUCCACUCAAGGUCCCAUCAAGGGGGAAGACACGUAUCAACGGUUCCAGUCCGUCUCGUCCGAGCCACAAAUGAUAUUCACAAACAACAUAACGACACGAAAUUUUGCAAAGCUUCCAUAAUGUAUCUUGAAGAAUUAGCAGCUGCUCUUGGUCCUAAGCAAGUAUUAUUUCUCAGCCAGGAUGAUAAAGCUAGAGUUCCUAUAGGGAAGACCGCCGCUAACAAACAAACGCCGCUUUUAAUGCAUUUGGACUACCGAAUACGACUACCAGAUCAUGAUUGGGUCGUAGCAGACAAACAUAAAUUAAUUCCAUCUGUCUAUGCAGUAAUUAAUAUAACGGAGAAUAGAAUUGGCGACCCAAAAGCAGUAACCUACAGCGGGCCAACUUUCAUUAGGAUUAGAAGCGGAAAACACAGUGGCAGCACGGCCUAUUCUCACGCCAAAGAUUUCCAAGAGAUUAUUAAAUGUGACGAUCUAGCGGAAUACUGUAGGGACGAUGCGGGCUACUGCAAACCUAUAGUUAUGAUUGUUGUCGAUGGUGGACCAGAUGAAAAUCCAAGGUACGAAAAGGUGAUUAAUACGGCAAUCUCAAAUUUUAUCGAGUAUAAGCUUGAUGCAAUCUUCAUUGCCACAAACGCUCCAGGGCGCAGUGCGUUUAAUAGAGUCGAACGACGGAUGGCACCGCUUAGUAGGGAUCUUGCAGGCUUAGUACUCCCGCAUGACCAUUUCGGAAGUCACCUUGAUGAUCAUGGCAAAACCGUGGACCCUGAGUUGGAGAAAGAAAAUUUUGCACAUGCAGGUCAGGUGUUAGCUGAGAUUUGGUCCGACAAGAUCAUUGAUGGCUAUCCAACGCUUGCAAAGUAUGUGGAUCCUGCGGAUAGUGAAGUUGAAGAGGGUAUGCUGUUGAAAGGUAGUCCGGGUUGGAGAAUUCGGCAUGUGAGAGAAAGCCAUUACAUGGUUCAGAUAGUGAAAUGUUCAAACGCUGACUGUUGUUCAUCACCACGAAGCAAUUACUUCAAAAUAAUGAAACAGUUUGUCCCUGCGCCGCUCUCCAUUUCUCAAAAGAAGGGACUGGACAUCAUCCCAGAUGACAAAGAAAGCUUCCCAUCCUUGUUCUUUCGCCUAGCUAUUAACGACAAUGGGUUAAAACUAGGUUCAAACCAAGAAGUUCCCUUUGAUUAUUGCUGCCCAUCCGUCAGGGACAUCAUAUCUCAGCGCACCUGCGCGAAAUGUGGAAUUUAUCAUGGUUCGAUCAAGAGUCUGAAGCUGCAUGAAAAGGAAUGCAAAAUGGAUCAACCAGCAUUAGUUAAAAUUGGACUUUCUGCAGCAUGUAAGCCGACUAAUAUUCGCCCAGUUCGGGUGGCCGCUCGACGCCAGAAAGAGAAAAUGAUUAUUUGGAAAUCGCGAUUAAACGAUGAGCACGUUGAUUGGUUUGAUGACGAAGAUAUCUCCACUGAAGAAAUUCCCGGUCCUCCCUGUGAUACAAUUGAAAACGAAACCCAGGAUUCAAUUCCAAUUAUUGACAUAAAUACACUUAUGUCAAACCCAUGGACCGAGGAUGACAACUGAUUUUUGAAAGUGACUAGUAUUAGUGAAUAAUACGCUUGAGCAUUAUACAAUAUAACGCUUUAAUAGUUCUUAAAUAAUAGCUUUUAUUUUAUGUAGUUUCCGUUCGGAUUAAAGUUUAAUAAACUGGUGACAUGGAAGAACUGUGACUUGAUUAGAAAAAAUAGUUCACAUAUACAUAUCUAUUUCAUCGGUGGCAUCUGAAUAUUUUGUACGUUAUAAAUACUGGACGAAUAGAAAUUUGCGUUACGUGACAUGGGGGGGGGUGGGCUAAGGCAUUCUUGUUACACAAGCGUGACAAGGGGGAGGGUGGGGGUUAAAAAAUUCCAAAAUUUGCGUUAUGAAGUUUAUGAACGUCCCCAUACCCAGUUGAUGAAAUUAAGACCAACUUUAAAACUAAUACAACUCAAUUUUUCUAAAUAUCAAGUGUUAUUUUCACCAAGUAUGUAAGAAUAAAUAUUUCUAAGUCUUCAUUUUUUUAACUAUGCUGCCAAACAGAUAAUCCGUCUUCCAGGAAAUUCUUUGGUACAUUAGAUAAUUAACUCAAGAACCCGGCAACGUAAGGCCUUCUUGGACUUUCAUUUAUUUCUGACGUGAUUAUUUAUACAUUAUUUAUACAUACAUAGAUUUCUUAAGAAAUAUGUACGAAGUAAACCCCCAUAUAAGUAUACUAAGCACGAUUUCGUCCACCACGUUAUUUCAAAACCGGUCUUAGAUGCAUUUAAGUCAGGGUUGCAAGUGGUAUAUAUCACCUGGUGAGAUUUAGUGAGAUUUAAUGAUUUAUAUCAAUCAUCUCAGUUGGGGCUGAGUGAGAAAUAUGAGAAAUAAUGAGCUAAACUUGUAGUCCAUGACCGCGUCCGCUAGGUGGCGCUAGUGCAUGGCUCACAAAUCUCACUAUAUCUCAUAUUUCUCAUGUCUCACUAUUUCUCACUAUUUCUCAGUGAGAUGAGAUUUGUGGAGGUGAGAUGAGAUUUCUGCAACCCUGAUUUAAGUAUUUAUGGCAAAAUUUUGUCUUUUUUAUAUUUCACAUAAGAUUAAGAAUGGCCAUGCCCCUUAGCGGCUACACAAUCCUACGAUACCGAAAAUUUUUGAAAAACCCCAAUAUUUUGUCAGAAAUAAACGAAGACUGGUUGGUUAGUAGAAAGUUUUAGAAAUCUCACGCGUUUCUAGACCGUCGCAUUACAAACCAAUUUAGCAAAACCAUACCCAGGUUAUUAUUACCCAUUGAAACAAAAUUUGCGUUUGCAGAGACGCAUGUAUUCUGAGAAUCGGAGAAAGUACAACUUUCCCCGAGUUAGUUCUCGUGGUUCAGUCUGCUGAUCUUUAGUUGAACCAGUCCACCAGUUUAGUCAUGUAACCUUCUUACCAGUCUUUCUUAACAUCUAAAUAAAAGUCCUAUCCUUCCUUCCCAAAUAAGUCAUUGUCUCACUGUUUCACUUAUUACAUACUCGCCUUCAUACGUAGUCGCUCAGAUACCAUCACUGACAACAUAUACAUAUAUAAAUAUGUUAAAAUUAUUUACAUAUACCACUAGUUUUCUCUUCCUAGUGAAAAUUCUGAAAGCCAAACACACCAUUCAAGCCUGUAAGAAGGUAUACAUAAAAACCAACGGUCCAUUUUUGAGAAUCCUUUCGUCCAUAUAUUUUUCCCCCAUUGUUUCUAAAUACUUAGAAUAAAACCUUAACCUUUUCAUCGGCUACCUUCUACAUAAAUAAAUAAAUGUGUUGAACCUUACACAUAUCCCACAUUCACAAAUUGGUUCUACCAAAAAUAAAAGUUUGCCUAAGGCCGACAUAUAUUCAUCGUAAAUUCAAAACAAUUUCCAUUCUUCACAUCACUGUCCAAUCAAGUUCAAUCAGUUAGUCUCCCCACAAAAUAAAAUAAAUCCGCUCUAUUUCCAAAAAUGUCGACAUAUUCCACCCCAACUAAUAACACGUUCUGGACAAAACAACGGGUCUUCCUAGGUGUUGUAACAUUGUGCUGGAUACUUGCAAUUAUUGCUUUGGCGAUGGCUCAUUCCGCCCUAAAUAAAAGAAUCCAGGCAUUGCCAGAAAUUACAUUUGACGUCGACUCCGGUACCUUCGAGACGACAAAUUGGUCGCGAUAUGAGGCCAAUUUGCCACCACGGAGGAAAAAUAAUGAUUCGACCUCUGUCAAAAUUUCGUUGUCCCGGCUAACUCCGAUUUUAACGAUGGGUGACGAACUUCACCUCAAUUUACUCCUCGUGCAGGAAUGGACGGAUGAAAGAUUGAUCAUCAACAGUGAGAAGAAAGUACAAGAAAAUCUCGUCACAAAUAUUAAUUUAAUCAAGAAUCGGCAAGAUAAAUUUGAAAUUUGGAAACCAUCCCUAGCCACCGAUCCCAUGAGCAGUGGAGCCUGCAGCAGUUUCAAAGAUGAAACUUGGCUCUGGGGAAAUGGAACGCGGCGGAAGCUGGGGGGACCUAAGCAUUGUGAGAUAGGAGAGGGGAUGGGUUCAUAACAUUGAUAGAUUAGGAAGACAUUACAAACCUGGGGAGACAAGACAACAUCUCCUUGUCCCCACGCUCCGUCCAUAAAAAUUUAAUCAAGAUAUCUCAAUGAAUAAUAAAUUAAUCCAUCCAUGUAUAUUAUCAAUAUCAAUAAAUCAUAAAUCAAUCAAUAACUAACUUAUCUCAAUUUCCUAAUGUUAAACGUACGAAUAAAUAGUUUAAUCGCUGUA